AUGCAGUCCUGCCGGAUCUCCGCCCCCGCGGCCCCCGCCGUCUCGGCUCGCCCUUCGGCCCGCGCGGCCACCCGCACCGCGGUCGUGGCCCGCGCCGCUGACGACUCGACCUCGCGCCGGGCUGCUCUCGGCGUCCUGGCCGCCUCGCUCCUGGCCGCCGGCCCCGCCUCGGCCUCGCGCUUCAAGUCCCCGAUCCAGGAGGGCUCUAUCCGCGCCGGCAAGUCGUCGACCGGCGCCACCGCUGCCGGCUACUCCCUGGAGGGCGGCAUCAAGAAGAAGGGCCUGAGCCCCAAGGAGAAGGAGGAGCGCCUCAAGGAGAUCCGCGAGGAGGCCCUGGCGAAGGCCGGCAAGUAA